CAUCGGUUCGCACAACUGGUAUGUUCUCCUACGGAAAAAGGGAACGGAACACUCGCUACUGAUUCUUUUCCACCAGGGUUAUAACUUCGAACCCUCAAUAGUCAUGCUGGAAGCGACACCUUCGCAGAUUUAGGCGACAUUAUCGGAGAUAAUAAACUAGUACACGCAGACAACAAAUUAUUCCUCUUUUUACGGCGUGUGGAAAGACUGCAUCCGGCCUGAAAAGAAACUCCGAGGACGGGGACACUGGUCGGAACAACGCACAUCGUUUCUGACCUCCUCUGCCAGAGAGCUCCAUGGAGAAGAUGAAGCGGUUUAGAAGGAGGCUGUCCCAGACUCUGAGAGGGAGUCAGACCAUCGAUGAGUCUCUGUCUGAACUGGCUGAACAGAUGACUAUAGAGGAGAACGGCGUCAAGCACAGCGGGACCAUGGUGCAUAACGGUCACGAACUUCCCCCCUCGGCCCACAGUGUUCACUCCUUCCUGCACCAGUACACUAGUUCCUUCAAGAAGCCCCCUCUGCGGAGACCCCAGAGCGUCAUAGGUGGAGGAGGGCUAGGGUCUUUCAUGGCCGUGCAACGCAACGGCAGCCGCCUUGACAUCGUCCAUGAGAAUAUGAAGAUGGGUUCUGAUGGAGAGAGUGACCAGGCAUCAGGGACCAGCUCAGACGAGGUUCAGUCACCCACAGGGGUGUGUCUGAGGAACAGGGGUAACCGACGCAUCUCUGCAGAGGACCUGAACAAGCGUCUGUCCUUACCUGCUGACAUCCGUAUUCCAGAUGGUUACCUGGAGAAACUACAGCUCACCAGCCCCUCCUUCGACCAGCCCCUCAGCCGCCGCUCCCGAAGAGCAUCAUUGUCUGAAAUUGGAUUCGGCAAGCUUGAGACAUACAUCAAACUGGACAAGUUAGGAGAGGGAACGUAUGCUACAGUGUUUAAAGGAAGGAGUAAACUGACAGACAACCUGGUGGCUCUGAAGGAGAUCAGACUGGAGCACGAGGAGGGAGCACCUUGCACUGCUAUCAGAGAGGUGUCCUUACUGAAGGACCUGAAACAUGCCAACAUAGUGACGCUCCACGACAUCAUCCACACAGACAAGUCCCUGACGCUAGUCUUCGAGUACCUGGACAAGGACCUGAAGCAGUACAUGGACGACUGUGGGAACAUCCUGAGCAUGCAGAACGUCAAGAUAUUCUUGUUUCAGAUCCUGCGAGGUUUGUCCUACUGUCACAGACGGAAGGUUCUACACAGAGAUCUGAAGCCUCAGAACCUGCUCAUCAACGAACGAGGAGAACUCAAACUGGCCGACUUCGGUCUGGCCCGGGCCAAGUCAGUCCCCACGAAGACGUACUCCAACGAGGUGGUGACGCUCUGGUACCGACCUCCUGACGUUCUACUGGGAUCCUCGGAGUACUCCACACAGAUAGACAUGUGGGGUGUGGGCUGUAUAUUUUAUGAGAUGGCUGCCGGGAGGCCUCUGUUCCCUGGCUCUACUGUGGAGGACGAACUGCACCUCAUCUUCAGACUGCUGGGAACACCCUCAGAGGACAGCUGGCCUGGCAUCUCCUCCAUGGAGGAGUUCAAGUCCUACAAGUUCCCCAAGUACAAGACACAGCCCCUCAUCAACCAUGCUCCCAGGUUGGAUACUGAUGGCAUUGAACUGCUGCUGUCCUUUCUCAAAUACGAGUCCAAGCAGAGGAUGUCUGCAGAUGAGUCGAUGAGACAGCCCUAUUUCAGGAGCCUGGGGACACAUGCAAACACACUGCCAGAGAGCAUAUCCAUAUUCACCCUGAAGGAGGUUCAGCUGCAGAGAGAUCCAGGCUAUAGGAACUCGAACUAUCCUGAGUCAGGAAACGGCAAGAACAGAAGGCAGAGCAUGCUCUUCUAAAGACUCCGAACAGUGGUGUGUUCAACAGAGGAGGAUGUCCUACCUACCUGAAGAGUUAUACAGACAGAGGUGGUUCAGUCCCAGAGAUGGUUGUCCACAAGGGGCCACAGGGGGGAUAGGAGGACCAGCCCUCUGUGCAGCCACCCUUUCUGCCAGGGGCCCCUAUCUACAGUACUGUUGGACCCCUGGGGGUCCAAGCCAAUGUGAAACUGGCUAAAAAUAGAGAUGUUUAUACAUUUUAUAUUUAUUGGGGAUAAGAGAGAAUUUGCUGCUACAAAUCCAACUACUGUCUAGAAGAUUCUAACUGGCUCAGUCACUUUAAAAGAAAACAUGCACUGUGUACAGAUGUUUUAUUAUUUGGAAGUGGUGGCAUUUGUUUUGCUUGUUGUGGUUUUGUCCAUUGAUUUCCAUUAUUUCCACCUCAACACUCCAACUGUGACAGACAGACAAACAGAAAUCUUUGCUGUAGCAGAGUCUUGACGUUUUGGGAUUUUCUCUUUUCUGUUGCUGUACGUGGUGCUGUAUUCAAACACCAACCUCCAUAUUUCUGGACCAUUCAAUACAUAUCACAAGAUACUGUUGAGGCCAGUACAGCCCCAGUGGAUGGUGACGAUCGUAGCGAUUGUUCUAUCUCUAUGGUGACCAUAUCCACCUGCUGCCAACGUGAAAGACUGUACCUCAAUUUUGAUGGAAGGUAUGGGAUUAGUGAUUGGCUCGGUGAAUAAUGGUUCACAUAGUUAUUAGUAGGUACAGUUGAAGUCGGGAGUUUACAUACACCUUAGCCAAAUACAUUUAAACUCAGUUUGUCACAAUUCAUGACAUUUAAU